AGCUGCUGGUCAGUGUGUGUCCUGUGCGUGCUGUCCUCUCCUUCUCCUGUAUGUCCUGUAUCUACCACAACAAAACUACAGGUUCAGAAGAUCGAAGAGAACUUCUCACUGAAAGUAUGUUUCGGCACAUCAGAGAGGUUUUCCACUGACGCUGACCAAUCAGGCCUCAACCCAGACAUCCGCUUCAAAGACCUUCACCAUCUUUGCCCCCCCCACGGCACAGUCCUCGAGAUGGAGAGAUCAAGAGCGGUUCUCAUCACUCUGAUGUGUGUUUUGUUCCUCAGCCUGAAGAGGAUCUCUGGAGCCGAAGUGGAGAUGAGAGUCCGACGAGGAGACAGCAUCACUCUGUACUGCGACUGUGUUUGGCAGAGUGGAUUUAGUAUAGUUUGGUUUAGAAACUGCUCACAUGAGCAUCAACCUCCUCUCAUUAUAUCAACGAUGGAUCUGAUACAUAGCGCUGAGACGUCUAAGGAUUUGAUGUUUGGUGCUUUUCCACGUUACGCGCCUGUGUGGAAUCAAUCCAGCCAAACUCAUGAUCUUCUGGUGAAGAACGUCACCGAGUCAGAUCUGGGGCUGUACUACUGCGCUCUACAGGAGAAGAAGAUUAGCUAUGGUGAGAAGGGCAUGCAUUACGUGGAUGUUUAUCAUUAUGGAAACCGAACCACUCGCCUCUCUCUGCUUGCCGUCCCCUCUGACAAUCUCCCCCAGACCCCCUCCACCCCUCCUGUCUCAGACUGUAGCGUCUGCUGGAAGCUGCUGGUCAGUGUGUGUCCUGUGUGUGUUCUCCUCUCCUCCAUUGGUGUGUACUGCAUCUGCAGAUACACAGCUAAAGGUUCUAAAAAGAGGAGGGAACCACUCACUGGAAAUACGUUUCAGGUGGGCUGCGCUGAGGAUCAUCAGUGUGAGAGGAGCUUGAAUGGACAGUCCUGUUUCCACACUGAAGUUUCAUUCACGCCUCUGAAAUCUGCUCAGAAAUCAGAUUAAAUACACCAAAACCAGCAAAAAUCUUUUGAUUGAGCUUUUAUUCAUUAAGUGAAUCGUGUUUGUGGCAAUCAAUAAAGUAAACAUGCUGCUAAGA